AUGGCGGAGCCGGCGCAGGGAUCGCGCCGCCGCCGCGUGGGCGGGCUGCUGAACGCGUACUACCGCAUCGAGGGGGCAGAGAAGCAGGACCAGCCCGAGGCCACCCAAACCAGCGACUUGGACCGGCAAGGCUUCGACGCCAAGCGGUACUUCGACGGCAUGGUGGCCUCCGGGCAGCUGGGCGACCUCGUCAAGCACGCCAGAUCUCUCGACGACGAGGUCCAGGACCUGGACGGCGACAUGCAGAAGCUUGUCUACGAGAACUACAGUAAGUUCAUACGGGCGACCGACGUGAUCAAGCAGAUGAAGUUCACCAUCGAAGGCCUGCAGCCAGACUUCGGGAGGCUCGACGGCCACCUCGGCAGGAUCGACAGCGCCCAGGCUCGUGCCGAGGACGGUGUGGCCCAGCGGUCGGGGCAGAUCGAGGUGCUUCUGACGCAGCAGCAGAACUGCAGGAAGCUCCAGGUCCUCUUCGGCCUCCCGGCGACCCUGCGCUCGUGCUUGGACCGCGGCGCCUACGGCCGCGCGGUGGAGGCCGCGGGGCGCCACGGCAAGUAUUCCUCGGUCGGGGUUCGCGCUGGCCGCCCCCUCGCUGCCGACGGCUUUCUGCGGUGGGACCCCGCGGGCACCCCGCUCGUCCGCCUUGCCCUGUCGGGCUCCCACGAGGGGGCCCGCGAGGCUUCGGCGGCGCAGCGGCAGUGCCCGCCCGUGCCGCGAUGCCGCAGACUUCUGCACGCGGAAGGACCCCCCCCCCGGGGGCAGCUGGGUCAGAUGGAGCCCGGGGAGUCGCCCCUGGCGUACUACCUGAGGACGCAGGCCAAGGAGGAGGUGAAGCAGGUGGCCGCGGAGGUCACCGCGGCGGAGGCGGGCCGGAAGGACGCCUUCUGGAAGGCCGCGGCGGGCGAGGGCGCGCGCGUCGUCUUCCAGCGGCCGGGCGUGCACGUUGCGCCCGCGGAGGGCCGGGGCUCGGGCCUCUUCGCCCGGGAGGCCGUGCGCGGGGGCGACGUGGUGCUGCAGGAGACGGCGCUGACCGCGGUGCCCGUGCAGCCGGAGGACGCGGCGGAGCCGAUCCUCGCGACGGUGCGCCUGGCCGCCGCGCUGCUCGGCCGCGGGCUGGAGCCGCAGGCCCGGGCGCUGGCGCCGCGGCCGGGCCGCGAGUUCGACGUGCACCCGGCGCGCAGGACCCGCGAGGCAGAGCUGCGGGGCGGCCUGGGCCUGCUGCGCGCGCGCUGCCCGGCGAGCCGCGCCGUCGACGACGAGGCGGCGUUGCGGCUGCUGCUGGCCGUCAGCCUCAACUCUCACACCCUGGCGCUGCCGGGUGGCCAGGUGCACCUGGGGCUCUUCACGGAGGUCGGCUGCAUGGUGAACCACAGCUGCCGCCCGAACAUGGUCUGCCGCGGCGUGGCCAAGAGCGGUGGCGAGGGCGGCUACGACGAGCUCAGGCUGGUCCUGCAGGCCGUCCGCGACGUCGAGCCGGGCGAGGAGCUCACCGUCAGCUACCUGACCGAGCUCUACCUGCAGCUGCCAGAGCGGGACGAGCGGCUGCUCCGACAGCACGGCUUCAAGGCGGAGAGGCUGCCGACGGACGUUGGGCUGGAGGCGCUGGUGGCCGCCAACAACUCCAAGGAGAACAUCCAGCGGGUGCUGGCCGCGAACGAGCGGGCGGACGACGCCUGGGAGCGUGCGCGCGAGCUGGCCGCCGCGGACGCGGACGCGGAGCCGGAGGCGGGCAGGGAGAGGGAGAGGCAGAGCCUGCUUGCGGCCCAGCACUACGCAAGCCUGCUCAACGUGAACCUUCUGGCCGAGACCCACGCCUGGAGGUACAACGCCUGCCAGCGCCUGGCGCAGCUCCUGACGCGCCCCAACGCGCCCAAGUCGUGCGCACAGGCGAUCCCGCUCUGGGAGUCCGCCAUGCGCAGCGGGUCGCUGGUGUGGCCCUCGGACCUCUGGCCAGACCAUCGCAGGCUGCUGCGCGGGCUGCAGCGCGCGGCGGCGGGCGCGGGCGACGUCGAGCGCGCCACCGAGCUGGCCGCAAGGCCUACUGCUGCUGCGCGCCGUUCCUGCGCCAGUACAAAGGCCUGCCCACGUUCCACAAGGUGCUGGAGGAGGUGGAGCUGCAGAUGGGCAGGAUCCGCAGCGCGCUGGAAGACCGCCUGCGGUCUCCCGACCUCUCCGUCGACGAGGCCGUGA